AUGUCACAGAUCAGUAAUAGUGUCUGUUUUCCGCAGAAUGCGGAGAGUGAUAUUGAAAGUGAUGUUACUCUUAACCAAGACUCGGCAACUGUAUUAGAGGCCGAGACAGUAAUAAACACUCACAACAUUAGUUCGCAGGUUGAAGGCUCUGACGCCUUGAAGGACCUGCUGACUGAUGACUAUUGUCACAUAUGUGAGGCUGUGCUGCUGUUCGAGUCCCAGAGGAGCUCCCAUUACGAGGGAAAGAAACAUGCACAGAAGGUCCGUCUGUACCUCCAGUCCAGGAAAGCUCAGAACCCUGACAAAGAAACAACAGCCCUGCAGGCUGGAGCCUCCAUGGAUAAGCAGAAAUUCUGUGAGCUGUGCAACAUGGUGUUCAGCUCAGCAGUGGUGGCCAAGUCUCACUAUGAGGGGAAGAUCCAUACCAAAAACCUGCGUAGAUUCCGACCUCUCGAUACCAAGCAGAAGGUGGACGUUGCUCAGCCUGCGCCUCCCCAAGCCCCAGACAAGCCAGAGGUGGAGGACGACGACAUGGCCACGUCAGGGUCAAAGGUCGGCAGCCCUGCCGCCACACAGGAGGUGGACUUGAGCGACCCCAAUAAGCAUUGCCGGCUGUGCGCGGCCACCUUCAACAACCCCCAGAUGGCGCAGCAGCACUACAGCGGCCGCAAGCACCAGCGCAACCAGAGCCGCCAGCAUUUGCUGCAGCAGCUGGGCGAGGAAGGAGAGACAGCAAGCUCUCUGAUAUGUCCGAUAUGUAGCGUAACCCUGAGCUCAGUGGAGAUGUACCAGGCCCACAUGCAGGGCAACAAGCACCAGCUCAAAGAGAAGAAGGUAUCGGACCUGUGCAAGUCUCAGAAGAAGAUGUACGACUCCUACCAGGACGAGCUGUCCGACUACAUCGCCGUCCAGAAGGCCCGAGGCCUGCAGCCCAAAGAGAGAGAGCAGGAAGAGAAGAAAGACACAGAGAAGACUCCUCUUCCUCCUCCUCCUCUCCGUCUUCCUCCCCCUCCUCCUCCUCCUCUUCUUCCACCUUCUCUCUUUGCUAUUCGUUUUUCCUCACCCCCUCGACGGUUGGCCCAGCCUCCUUUCCAGUCGCCGGCCAGUCGUUUUGCGGCGUGGGACAGGGGCAUGGGCAGGGGCAGGGGGGGGGGACAGGGGCAGGGGGGGGGGCAGGGGCAGGGGGGGCCCACCGGCUGCAUUCUGGGAGCCGAGCUACAACCAGCCCCGCCCAAACUCCCUGCCUUUGACCCGCCCUCAAGGUCCUGUUGGCCGGCGACCAGCAAGAGGGAGGAGUCCUGAUUGGUCGAGUUCCUCCUCUUCCUGGUCAGAUUCAUCUGAGAGUGGAAGUAGUAGUAGUAGCAGCGGCAGCAGCAGUAGCAGUAGCAGUGACUCAAAGCUCUCCAGAGAGAGAAGGAGACGAAGACACCGAAGACAAUACAAGGAAAGAGACCGGAGAGACAGGGAGAAACAAAUUCGGAGGAGAGAGAGAAAGGAGGGAGAGGGGGAGAAAGAGGUAGAGCAGGAGAGGAGGGGAGAUAAAAGAAGGAAGGAGAGAGAGAGGAGGCAUAGAAAGGAGGGGCCUGACGAGGUGAGGGAGGACAGGAAACGAAGGAAUGAGAGGCCGAGGAAGAGACCUCACGAAGAAGAGGUGGAUGAGGAAGGAGCAAAAAGGAGAAGGGAAGCAAAGGAAGGACUGCUGAUGGGAGAGAGAGAGAACAUGGGUGGUGAUGUGAGCGGAAAACUGGAGGAAGAAGGCGAGGAUAAAGCAAACGGUCAAGGCGGGGUUGCACCACUAGAGGGCGUCUUGGAAGAGAGGGCAGAAAGGAAAGACAAGCACAAACACAGACACAAGAAAGAGAAGAAGAAGAAAGAACGCACUGAGGAGGUGGACACUAGAACGGAGGAAGAGAAGCUGUGGGAUGAGGUCUUCUGAAAGGUCAGGGGUCACUGCUAGUGUCCAGAAGGUGACGAAGGACAGGUGUGUAGAGCAGCAACAGAAGGUGUCUGUCCCAAAUCACUAGACAAGCAUCCUGCCUACCUACACACUUGCUAACUUGCUCUCUUUCUGUAUUGUAUAAACAGUACCCAAUAGAUGGUUCAGCACGAAUGUCAAUCAAAUUACUUUGAGGUGGAUGGAUGGCGGAGAGAUGGACGGAUGGAUAGACACUUGUUUAUUAAUUUGCAGUAUGUUUGCCUUAUAAACCGAGGCUCAUUUCAUUAUCUUAAAAUGUUAAUUUAUUGUCUUCGUCCUCGAGAGAAGCUGUUUUGUUUAGCCCUGUGGAAUGUUGGCUUUUGGCAGUUCUGAUCAGCGCGAAAUCAUCCUGAAUUUUGUGUGACCCGAAGAUUGUAAUCAUGUUUACAUUCUUGUUGCUUUAGACUAAUAUGCGCACCAGAAUCUAGUCUGGCCUUCACACACAAAUGGAGGGAAUGUUCACACAGCCAGAAACACUUCACUCAGAGGACCCUGGUCUUGUCUUCACAACUGCAGUGUAGUACCCAGCUCUACCCCCAGGAUGUGCUGAUGAGCUGCUUAUAUAUUUUGUCAGCAGGCCAGCUCAGUUUCAGUUCACCUAUUCCGGGAAAUACACUAAAGCUUCAUCAGAGCACCUUGACAGAGAAUGAUCUUUGUAAUAAACUGAAUCGCAUUUGAUUCCCCAUUUCUCACAUGCAAAUGACUCCUGGAAAUGAUUCAACUCGUAUGUGAAUGCAGUAUUUUUUGGAUUUCUACAGCAGACAGAAGACAGUCCAGUCAUCAUAAUACGCUGAUCAUAUGCUGAUCAGUGACAUAUGUAAAUCAAUAAAGCGGUUAUGCUUAUUGUUCGAGUUUA